AUGACAGUCGCAAAUGAAGCUCCACGAGACCUUAUUCUCAGCGUUCACGCUUUCCUUACAGACAUUGCCCCGAAAAUAGCCACAAAACUUGCCAAACAGUUCGCAUUGGAAGAAGAAGAGAUCACAGAAUCCCGUAAAGCUGCAUCACUCAUUGAUAUCUAUUCCAAGUCCAAGAAGAGAAGAAGGACGAUAGAUGCUGAAACAAUACAAGAAGCCGUAGUUGCUCCCGAAACUGUUGAACCAAUCGCUUCAAGUGAACACGUAAAUGGCACUCCAAAUGGAACUGCAGACGUGCUAGCACCUACCAAGGGCUCGAAAAAGCUAAAGAGAAAGCACUCGACCAUUGAUACUGAAGUGGCGAAUACUACUGCUGCCGAAAGUAGCACUGUUGCUGCUUCUGCUCCUACUGCCGAUUCAGAUGAUCCGGUGGCACCAUCAGCCAAUGGUAAAUCCCACUCCGAAGAUGCUGAGGCUAGUCCUGAGGUUACCAACCAUGGCAGUGGCAAGAAAUCAAAAACGAAUAAAGGUACACCCUUCCAACGUGUCAAGAUAGACGAAGUCACAUACUUUGAUGAAUCGCUUAAAGAUAACUCAUUCCAUUCUAAGACUGAUGAGUAUGGAAUGAGGGCUCAUCAAGAUUUGAUUGUUACUCGUGGAAAAGGUUUCCGUGCUGAAAAGACAAAGAAAAAGAGAGGAUCUUACAGAGGCGGACCCAUUGAUACGUCGGUAUCUUCCUCUUUCAAGUUUAAAUACUCAGACGAUGAGGAAUGA